AUGACUGCCAAUCUUGCCCCUGAGAAUGAAAUCGCUACGGCGGACGUGGCUGAGGCCGCUAUAACCCAAGUUCAAGAAUUGGAAGAGACAUCCCAGUAUCUGAAGCUCCCAAGUGUGAUCUUAAUCUCCAUUGUACUCUGCUUGGCCACCUUUUGCGUAGCAGUCGAUAAUACGAUCAUUUCGACCGCCGUGCCCCGGAUUACCAAGACUUUUGACAGCAUUGACGAUGUGGGCUGGUAUGCAUCAAUCUAUCCAUUGACGUCCUGUGCAUUUCAACCAUCCUACGGAAAGAUCUAUUCGAUCUUCUCCAGCAAAUAUGUUUUCCUAGCAGCCUUGUUCAUUUUCGAGAUUGGGAGUGUGGUUUGUGCGACCGCGCCGAGUUCUCAUGCUUUCAUUGCGGGGCGGGCAUUAGCAGGCCUCGGGUCGGCUGGCAUACAAGCAGGAACCACCCUCAUUCUUGCGGAGAGUGUGCCGCUACGCCAGCGACCGACAUGGAACAGCAUCAUCGGCAGUAUGUUUGCAGUGGGAAGUGUAGCUGGACCCUUACUGGGAGGAGCCUUUUCGGAUUCAGUAACAUGGCGGUGGUGUUUCUACAUCAAUCUUCCCAUCGGAGGCGCAGUAAUGAUCUUCAUCGUCUUUUUCUAUACUGGAAGUCGCGGUACCGACAAAUCUUCCAGGCCUAUCGGGCUCCGCGCCCAGAUCGAGCGCUUCGACUUGGCUGGUACCUGCAUUUUUGUGGCAGCAACAGUUUGUCUUCUCUUGGCACUGUCAUGGGGCGGCACCACAUAUGCAUGGGACAACGCCCGCAUCGUCGCCCUGUUAACCAUCGCGGGUAUUUUGUUCUGCUCGUUCUACGGCAUCGAACGCUGGAAGAAGGAUAACGCCAUCGUUCCUUUACGCUUACUCCGCAGGCGAAGCAUAGGUGCAGCUAUCUUAUUUGGUAUCUGCCUCGGAGGAGUGUUCUUUGUAUGUAUUUCCAACACAGACUUCGCACUGGAUCCUGCUAACCAAGACAUUACCAUCGUUUUAGCGCUGUGGUUCCAACUGGUCAACGGUGUCUCUGCCGUUGAAUCCGCGAUUCUAUUUAUCCCAUUUAUGCUCAGUGUCGUCGGCGGAUUCAUGUUCGCUGGCUUUGGGACCGCUGCAACGGGAUACUACACACCUUUCGUCUACGCCGGCUCAAUCCUCAUGUCGAUCGGCACUGGCCUGCUUACAACCGUCCAGCCUCAUCUAACCUCGCGGGCUAAAUGGAUCGGAUUCCAGAUUUUGUGUGGAGUCGGAAUCGGCUUCGGAGAGGAACAAGGAAUCUACAUGGUGCAGACAACCCUCCCCGAAAAGGAUGUAGCGAUUGGCGUUGGCAUCGUCUUCUUCGCACAGACAUUCGGUGGGGCCCUCUUUGUGUCCGUGGCGCAGACUGUCUUCCUAGAAAACAUCCGCAAAGCACUGAAAACGAUUGCCCCAGACCUGAAUCCUCAAAGUGUUCUCAACAGCGCAUCCGCAGGCUCUGCUCAGACAUCACCAGAAUUACAGGCAGUGUACGCCCCAGCAAUCAAAAACGCUCUCCGGGUUGGUAUGAUAUUAGCAACUGUCUCGGGUCUAGGUGCCUUGCUGUAUGAUUGGAAAAGUUUAAAAGCGAAGGACGAGGAUGGAAACAAUGGACCUAGCAGGGACCGUGGGAUAGAGCUGGAGGCACAAGUUCGAACAGAGGAAAAGAAGGUGUGA